AUGGAAACUGAUGAAGAAAGUGAAAAGGUAACCAUUAACCUCUCAUACCCCUUCGAAUACCCUACAGUAUUCAUGACCCAACAUGUUAAGCCUCUGUACAUUAAGGCUUAUUUCGAUGGAAUAGAAAUGGGUAGAGUAUUGGUAGACAAGGGGGCAGCAGUAAACCUGCUUCCAAGGUCUUCCUUGAAAAAGUUGGGGAAAAGAAAUCCCAAGUUGAUCCCAACAAGCACUACCAUUACUAGUUUUGCUGGAGACAAGCAGAUGGCUCAAGGCAUUCUGCCUAUCAACCUAAGUUUGGGAACCAGAGACUGCAUGACAGCAUUUUUUGUCAUAAAUAAUUUUACAGAAGCCAAGUUGUACACUGAAGGGGUAGUGCCACUUAGUGUACUGAGGAAGUCUAAUGUAACAGCCGAAGUGAUAGAUGAUGAAGAAGUAGCACACCUAAAGCAUCUAGAGGAAGAGGCUCUACGAACAGAUUUUGCCUAUGAAGAAGAAAGUAAGGAUAUUGAACUAAAAAAGAUAGAAGCAGAACGAAAUGAAAGGUUGCUUCGAAGGUCAUUAGUGGAAUAUAAGCUCCCAGUGAAGCCUAAUUUCAAGCCACAUAAGCAAAAACCAAGAUGGAUGAGCCCUGAAGUGGUUCAAAAGGCGAAAAAGGAGAUUGUUAGGCUCCUUAAAGUAGACUUUAUCAGAACAGUCAGGUAUGUUAAAUGGUUGUCUAAUAUAGUGCUUGUAGUUAAAAACAAUGGCGAGUUGAGGGUAUGCAUCAAUUUUAGAAAUUUGAGUUUGGUAACUUCAAAAGAUGAGUAUCCGAUGUUUAUAACUGAUUUAUUGGUGGAGAGUUCGGCAGGACACAAGAUUUUGUCUAUGAUGGAUAGACAUUCUAGGUAUAACCAGAUCUGCAUAGCAGAGGAGGAUGUUCAUAAGAUAGCUUUCAAGUGUCUUGGAAACAUUGACACCUUCGAAUAG